UGUACCUGUCAGUGUGCUGACUGCAGCGCAGGGUAUAUCGCCUAGAGAUGGGUUCCCUCGGUCGGACGGGGCUGCGAGCCCUCAUGCUGCUGCUCUCUGUGUGCUCGGCGCGCGCUCUGCUCCCUUCUGAGCAGCGGGAUGGCCGCAGUCUGGUGUGGCAGCGCAGUGCGCCACUCGGCUCCCGGGUGCGGAGGAGCGCCGUGCCCGACAAGUCGCCCAGCAGUGAUGGGACCUGCCGGCCGCCCAUGGCCUUCCAGGACGUCCUCGAAAAGGAAACGCACCUGGGCAAGUUUGACCCCAGUGGAGAGCUGUCUUUGGUGUGGGUUGGAGAUGGAACAGGUGUCAUCCUUGUGCUGACAACUUAUGAGAUUCCUUUGAUUAUAAUUUCCUAUGGACAGUCAAAGCUGUACAGGAGCGAGGAUUACGGAAAGACAUUUGAGGAUAUAACAUCUCUUAUAAACAACACCUACAUCCGGACAGAAUUUGGUAUGGGUUUGGGUCCUGAGAACUCCGGAAAGGUGGUGCUGGUAGCAGAUGUGUCAGGAGGGAGCACUGGUGGUCGUAUUUUCAGAUCUUCUGACUUUGCAAAGACUUUUGUACGAACAGAUUUGCCCUUUCACCCUUUGAGACCCGUAUCUUACAAUCCUGAAGACUCCAAAUGCCUGAUGCUCAUCAGUGUGCAUUAUGAUUUGUGGAUAUCCAAGGACUUUGGAGAAUCUUGGACGAUAAUCCAUAAAUCUGUGUGUUCAGCCAAAUGGGGACCCGGGAACAUGAUUUUAAUUACGACAACAAGUGCUAAUGAAUCUUGUUCGGACUGGUCUGGAAUGGCUCUGUCAUUAACUAUGAAAAGGACAUCUGAUUACGGCAAAACAUUCAAGGUGCUAAAGGAACACGUUCACUCUUUUGGCUUAUGGGGUCGGUUUCUACUUGCCUCUGUGAUGGAAGAGGACAGAAUAAAGAGAAAAAUCCAUGUAUCUCAGGACCAUGGGGACACCUGGAAUGUGGCUCAGCUCCCGUCUGUUACACAUGAGCAGUUUUAUUCCGUAUUGGCAGCCAAUAACGACAUGGUGUUUAUCCAUGUAGAUGACGAGGGAGAUACAGGUUGUGGAACAAUUUACACGUCUGAUGAUAGAGGUAUAGUUUAUUCCAAAUCUCUGGAGAAACAUCUGUACACCAAGACAGGAGGAGAGACUGAUUUCACUAAUGUAACAUCCCUGCGUGGUGUUUUUAUGACCAGUGUACUCUCUGAAGAUAACUCUAUCCAUUCAGUCAUUUCAUUUGACCGAGGAGGUGAAUGGAGCCCCAUCAAUAAACCUGAAAAUACAGAAUGUGACUCAACAGCCAAAGAUAAGGCAAAGUGUAGUUUACACAUACAUGCCCAAUACAGCAUGUCGCAGAAUCUUGCAGUCCCGCUACCACCAUUGUCCGAGCCAAAUGCUAUAGGAAUAGUUAUUGCUCAUGGCAGUGUGGGAGAUGCUGUGUCUGUCGCGAAUCCCAAUGUGUACCUUUCGGAUGAUGGUGGUUACUCAUGGACCCGGGUGCUGCUUGGUCCUCACCAUUAUGCAAUCUUGGAUUCUGGAGGGCUUAUUGUGGCGAUACAACAAAGCGAAAUGCCUGUCAACACAAUCAAAUUUUCUACAGAUGAAGGCCAGUGCUGGUUCUUCUAUAAUUUUUCCAAGGAUCCUCUAAUGUUCACAGGUCUGGCUUCUGAACCAGGCGCCCGUUCCCUAAAUGUUACUGUAUGGGGAUAUCAGCCAGGUUUUCUUCAUCGCAUUUGGUUGUCGUAUACUAUAGACUUUGCUGUUCUUCUUAAGCAAAGCUGUGAAAAUAAGGAUUAUACCCCAUGGUUGGCACACUCUACAGACCCAGGAGCACCAUCUGAUGGAUGUGUUUUGGGUUAUAAAGAACAAUAUCAACGCCUUAAAAAAUCCUCCAUGUGCCAGAAUGGCCGGGAUUAUCUAGUCGGCCGGGAAUCUGUUAACUGUAGUUGCACUCUGGAUGACUACAUGUGUGACUUUGGAUAUUUUCGUAAAGAGAAUGAUUCCACAUGUGUGGAGCAACCUGAACUCCAGGGCCAUGAGCUUGAUCUGUGUAUAAAUGGUGAAGAGGAGAAACUGACUACAAAAGGGUAUCGUAAGGUUCCUGGGGAUAAGUGCACUGGCGGAAUAAACCCUGUUCGCCAAGAAUUGGACAUGAAGAAAAAAUGUACAAAUGACCUUUCUGAUAGUUCUCAGAAGACACAGGAAAAAUCUGCAACCAGCUCUGUCGCACUGAUUCUGUCUGUAGUGGUGGUGCUCUUAGUUGCUGUUGCUGCAGCUAUCAUGAUAGUCAAGAAAUACAUUUGUGGGGGGAGGUUCCUUGUGCACAGAUACUCUGUUUUGAGGCAGCAUGUGGAUACCCAAGGUGAUGAGCAUUUGGAUACUAAUAUUGUGGAAUCGGGCAGGAGAAGUGGUUACCACGAUGACUCUGAUGAGGAUCUUUUGGAGUGAUGCUGAAAAUAUAAUUGACUGAACCAUGUGCAAGAUUCUUCACAAUGUUUCUAAAAUGGAUUUACUGUAAGAGGACACUACUGUUACAGUACAAUUCCAGAUCCUUCCUAUUUUAUCCACUGCUGGGUAAACAGAUGCCUGUGAAGUGACGUUCUGUGAAAUGAUUACUUGAAAAUGUAGAACUUGCUUGGGUGCUGAAGUUCUAGGAAUCCUAUGAAUUUAAUAUAGCUUUUUUAUUUUUUUUUUUAUUUUUUUUUACAACAUCCUUCUGGAACUGUGAUUUGGUGGAAGAAAAAUCAUAUAGUAAGCGGUGCAAUUGGUACUCUACAGAUGCUUUAUUCCAGCGCAUUUAAUUCUGGCUCAGGUCACAUAAAAGCCUUUUUAUUUUCUGUACAGACAUGAGCUGAAGGGUAUCAGUCAUUGGCUCCCUCCAUCUUUAGAACUGGUUACAUGGAAUGGACUGAUCAUUUAUUUUAUGUGUCCUAGGGAUGCAGUUUGGACCCUUCAUACCGAGCAGGAACUUUGUUCUGUACAGAUCUAGCAUUUGUAAAGCUUGUGAAAAUUACAGAGCAAAAUUCCCUGAGGAAAAACUAAAUUAUAAUAUGUCUCUGGGGGCCAAAAAAACAUAAAUCACUGAAUUGUAAAUAUUACCCCUUUAAAACUUAACCUUUACUGAUUCUGUUAAAAU